CACUUGCCCCAUCAAGUCGUAGCACGGUCCUGCCUCGUUUCUCCACAGUCCUGCCGAGCCAUCCAAACACUACCACAGAAAGGGGCUGAGCACAACAUCCAACCGCAACAAUGAACGGUACAGAGGGAGAUAUGUUCUACGUGCCUAUGUCCAAUGCCACCGGCAUUGUUAGGAGCCCGUACGACUAUCCUCAGUACUACCUGGUGGCGCCAUGGGCAUACGCCUGCCUGGCCGCGUACAUGUUCUUCCUGAUUAUCACUGGCUUCCCCGUCAACUUCCUCACUCUGUACGUCACCAUCGAGCACAAGAAGCUGCGUACACCUCUCAACUACAUUCUGCUGAACCUCGCCAUUUCCGACCUCUUCAUGGUGUUCGGUGGCUUCACCACAACGAUGUACACCUCGUUGCAUGGCUACUUUGUUUUUGGACGCGUCGGCUGCAACCUCGAAGGCUUCUUUGCAACCCUGGGUGGUGAAAUGGGCCUUUGGUCCCUGGUGGUGUUGGCCUUUGAGAGGUGGAUGGUCGUCUGUAAGCCCGUGAGCAACUUCCGCUUCGGAGAGAACCACGCCAUCAUGGGUGUUGUCUUCACCUGGUUCAUGGCCUGCACCUGUGCCGUGCCUCCCCUGGUUGGCUGGUCCCGUUACAUCCCCGAGGGCAUGCAGUGCUCAUGUGGAGUCGACUAUUACACUCGUGCCCCAGGCUACAACAACGAGUCCUUUGUCAUCUACAUGUUCAUUGUCCACUUCAUUAUUCCGCUCAUCGUCAUAUUCUUCUGCUAUGGUCGUCUCGUCUGCACCGUCAAAGAAGCCGCUGCCCAGCAGCAGGAGUCCGAGACCACCCAGAGGGCCGAGCGCGAGGUCACCCGCAUGGUCGUCAUCAUGGUCAUCGGCUUCUUGAUUUGCUGGAUCCCCUAUGCCAGUGUGGCCUGGUAUAUCUUCACCCACCAGGGAAGCGAAUUUGGACCUGUCUUCAUGACACUGCCAGCCUUCUUUGCCAAGACCGCUGCUGUCUACAACCCAUGCAUCUACAUCUGCAUGAACAAGCAGUUCCGUCACUGCAUGAUCACCACCUUGUGCUGCGGCAAGAACCCCUUCGAGGAGGAAGAGGGCGCCUCCACUACUGCAUCCAAAACAGAGGCUUCGUCCGUGUCUUCCAGCUCUGUGUCCCCUGCGUAAACACUCGUCCAUGACACACGAUAAGCAGCUACGUACACUGGGCUUCAACUACAACCAACGACACAGACACCACAAAGUGUUCAGCCCAGGGAAACGAGCGGCCGCUACCACUUGCAGAAUUUUUUUUUUUCCGUCAAUUUUCCUUUUUGUAUUUUCACAAAACCAAAUUGAUUCAACCAAAAGACAGUUUUGAGAGAGGACAGACCAUGUCCCAGUUUCAGUACAUCCAGCGAGUCCAGCGUAAUGGUGCAUAAGAUUCUUUUUUGUUUUUUUUUGCUUUUUAUUUUUUCUUCCUAAAAUGCAGCAAAAGGAAAAAUAUCUUAACUCAAUUACUGUUGGACUCCUUAUACUGGCUUUGUUGUGAUUGUAGAGGCAUGUAUUCAAGGCAACGUAACAAUAAAAAGCACUUUGCAAAUUAAA